GAAUGUUCGCUAGCAACUGACAGUACAGUGCAGCAUGCCUUCCCACUUAACUGGCUUUUGAUCGAACGCUUAGCCUUCCUCCGGGCCCAUUUUCAGUGGAAUUAUGUGAUCUAGGGUUUAUCUGAGAUUCUCUGCAACGCUAUUUAUCAGUUGAGCGUCCUGCAUUGCUAUAGCACCAUUCAAUCGAUACAAGGUGUUUGCAAGAUGAAUUAUGCCGCAGUGCUAUAGAAGUAUUCAACUGGUGUGAUCUAGGGUUUUAUCAAUCGCCAUUGUUUAGUUGGGCUAUGCCAAAGUUCUAUGUCAAGCUUGAAGCUUGGAUAUUGCUUUAGGUUCAAUAAACUGUUAUUGAGUUUUGCUACCAAUUUUGAGCUGGUUAUGCUCUGUUUUGUUGGUGGCUUGUGCUGUGGUUCACGUCCAGCUCUGUUUUGAAAUGCCUCAGGUCAAAUUCACCAGAUCUGGUUCCAGGAGGUCAUCUGAAUGAGAAUACUUAUCCUCAUCGAAGAAGCAGGUUUCACUUAGAAUUAUCGGAUGCUGAAGCUCAUUGAGGCACACAUGCCCUUGCUUCUGUUGUCCUCUUGUGCCAAUCCAUAUGUUGGGCAUUUCCAAUGUCUGGUCUGGGAAGAGAUUUUCCCAGUAAUAUUGGUGGCUUUUUGGUUGAAGCUGAAAAAACAUGUAAUGAAUGGGCAUCUCUUCAUGCAAUGAAAUUUUCAGAGUUGAUGCUACUAUUACUCUUGCUGGUUUUUGUUCUUGUUGAGACAAGCAUAGCACUGAAUCCCGAUGGUGUUGUUUUAAUUAGUAUCAAGUCAGCAAUUAGUGAUUCAGAUGGUAUCCUUGCUCAAUGGAGAGAAUCAGAUCCAGAUCCAUGUGGCUGGAAAGGAGUAACUUGUGACAAGGAAAAGCGUGUGAUCUUCUUGAGUCUUCCAUUCCAUAAGUUGCGUGGUUACAUAUCGCCUGAUAUUGGGAAGCUAACCCACCUAAGAAGAUUAGCUCUUCAUGACAAUAACUUAUAUGGAACUAUUCCUUCAGGAUUGGGGAACUGCACUGACCUUAGAGCUUUGUAUUUGCAGGACAACUUUUUAAGUGGAUCUAUUCCUACUGAGUUCGGGAGCCUUUUGGAGCUGAAAAUUCUUGACAUUUCCAGCAACAGUCUCAGUGGUUCCAUUCCCUCUUCACUUGGGAAUUUGACAAAACUUUCAACAUUCAAUGUUUCUACCAAUUUUUUGGUUGGUGAGAUUCCACUUGGAGAUGGUCUUAGUAAGUUCAACCAAAAAUCGUUUGUUGGAAAUCGUGGUCUUUGUGGAAGACAAGUCAGUGUGAUAUGCAGAAAUGCCAUUGAGGGACCUUCAGCAACUCCUGAAUCUCCUGUUUCAGGUGUUUUAUCUUCCCCAAAUGGAGUGAAAAUUCUAGGGUUAAUGAGAGGGUCUGGCAGAUACUCAGCUGGCCUCCUUAUUAGUGCUGUGGCAACAAUAGGUGUUUCGCUUCUUGUUGCAGUGAUGUGCUUUUCAGGUUGCUUUCUUUACCAAAAGUUGCGGAAAAAUGACAUAAAGCCAGCUCUGAAUGCAAAUGAAGGCACAUCAGUGGUCAUAUUCCAUGGUGAUUUGCCCUAUAAUUCAAAAGAUAUUGUAACAAAGAUAGAGGCUUUAAAUGGUGAAACCGUUAUAGGUUCUGGAGGAUUUGGAAUGGUCUACAAGCUUGCAAUGGAUGAUGGUUGCCUUUUUGCACUGAAAAAAAUUGUAAAGACAAAUGAAAGUUCUGAUCUAUUUUUUGAGAGGGAGCUUGAAAUUCUUGGAAGUAUCAAGCAUCGUCACUUGGUAAAUUUGCGAGGAUAUUGCAAUUCUCCUUAUUCUAAAUUGCUUAUCUAUGAUUAUUUAUCUGGCGGCAACUUGGAUGAAGUACUGCACGAAAGGUCUGAGCAACUUCACUGGGAUGCGCGCAUAAAGAUCAUUGUAGGAGCUGCUAGAGGUCUGGCUUAUCUACACCAUGAUUGUUCUCCUAGAAUUAUACACCGUGAUAUAAAAUCCAGCAAUAUAUUACUCGAUAGACAUAUGGAAGCUCUUGUAUCGGAUUUUGGGAUUGCCAAAUUGUUGGGGGAUGAAGUUUCUCAUGUCACCACCAUUGUGGCUGGAACAUUUGGUUAUUUGGCUCCAGAGUACAUGCAGACCGGCAGAGCUACUGAAAAGUCCGAUGUGUAUAGUUUUGGAGUUCUUCUUCUUGAAAUAUUGAGUGGGAAGCGUCCUACUGAUCCAUCAUUUAUUGAAAAAGGCCUGAACAUUGUUGGUUGGUUGAAUCUAUUGGUUAAAGAGAGGAGGCAGAGGGAGAUCUUGGAUCCUCUCUGUGAGGGAGUGCAAGAGGAGAGCUUUGAUGCAUUGUUGAGCAUAGCAAUUAAUUGUGUUUCUUCAAAUGUGAAGGAGCGACCCACGAUGCAUAGGGUGGUCCAUAUGCUCGAAUUUGAAGUGUUGGCUCCUUGCCCAAGUGAUUUCUCUUAUUCAAGUUUUGAUGAUUGAUAUUAUGCAUCAAUUGUAAUAUUUGUUGUUUUUUCUUUCUCUCAUUUCUAUCUUCUUCUUUUCUUGUAUUAUACUUGUCGCCUAUCUCACAUUUCGGAAACAAGUUUAUUUAUGCAUGGAAUGCGAGUACCAGUUCGAUAAGAGAAUCGAAAUGGGCAAAUGCAUGUCUUGGUAAUUCCUUUUGGCGUCCAGGAUUUGUGAAGGUGGUGAACCAGGAUUUUCCUUCAAGAGUUUUAGAGUAAGAGAAAUGUAUGGCAUUUGUUCAAGUCUUACAUUUUAGUUUUUUUUGUUGUUUUUUCA